CAUGCUGGAGAGGGGUGGAGGGCAGUCUGUCAUUUGUAGAGAAUCACCUUUAGUAUCCCUCGGACGGUCUAACGCCGUCGUCAGUCGCGCGUUUCCGCAUCUCGAAUCAUUUUUAAACACGCUCGCCAACCGUUACCUACCUCUCCGACAUGCACAAAUGCGCAGAAACAGCAAGCACACCGCCCGUUCCGCCGCGACGCAAAAAGCGUAAAGCAAAGUACGCCGGGGCCGUAAAAACUGCUGAAGAUACGUCGCCGAUCCUCAGUAAGUUGGAGAGGAAGCGCGUGGCACCGCCACCACCACCACCGCCGCCGCGAACCAUCCGAAGAGUCAAACCCUACGUCGCUAAAUAUCACCAAGAAGAAGACUCCGACGAAGAACAGACAUCAAACAACCAAUCGCUCGAAAAUGCAGAAGAAACAUCGAACAAGCAAAAUUCCAACAAAACAGAGUCGAUUUCUUUGCCUCAUCAGUUUGAAGACACAGGCUUAGUAUCCACUAAAGAAACCAACAACAAUGCCAACGACACAAACGGCGCAGAAAACAUUUCGAGCUCAUCAAACGAUGGCGCGUUACCGAUAUUCGAGACUCUGGCUAGAAAAGAGGCGAAUAAAUAUCCGCCAUUGCUGUUCACUUUGCACGACUUCCAGAACGUCAUGUCAAACACUUUGCCGAUCGAAGAGGAAACUGGGACAGAGUCGGCCAUUCAGUUCGUGAGUUCCAUCCACGAAUCUUUCCAUGAGUCCUUCCAGCAUUCGCUGGAUGAAGAAGAAAGCGACAUGUGUUUCCGCGUUACCACUACCAAUCUGCCUUUCGGCAAGUGUUUGAAUAAAUGGAACGGCACCUUCGCUGACCAUUUCAUCGAGAAGUUCGAUGACUCCAAUGGUUUCGUAUUCGAGGAUUACAUCGACAGGAGUAGCAAGGUGAACAUUAGGCGAUCGGCUGGACCGAUGUGCCACGACAAUUCUGAUGAAGACCAGCCAGCAGUUCCUCGUUUGACCAAGGUGAGAUUCGUCAUACAGUCACCUAGCUCUUCGACCCCUGAUCACGAUCUGAGCGAAGAUGGAGACAGUUUGCACAACAGUUUACGGAAUGUCAGUCCACUGUCGAACGGGGAAGCUGAUGGCUUCGCUAGUUCCGUGCAGCUGACGGAGAUCACGGAUGAUAUCGAGGAUGUAACUCAGUUUGCUGAUAGUCCACAGGACUCUCGUGACUCCGAUGAGUUUGGUGAUGUGCCCUUUAGCACUGUUUUGAAGGCUAGGGACGCCAACGUUGAGUCUUUGUUCGAGUACAACUGCACUUCGAUGGAUUUCGGUGACGGAGGAUCGUUCGAUGAAGAUGACAUUGAUAAUUCGAAGGGCUCCUUUUGUAGUGUGGCUGCAGAGCAGCUACAGGAACAAUCCUUUGGUCCCUGCCAGGUUGAGAAACUGUCUAUGAAUGAAACGGACGAGAGUUUAAUGAGAUCGGAAGCGGAUUAUGGGAUGGGACGCAGUUCCGCGAUGGAUGGGUUUGAAGAGGAUCGGAGGAAGAUCGAGGAUGAUAACUCGCUGUUGGAAUCUUUGAUUGAUCGUGUAAAAUGUAAUGGAGAGUUUGAAACUAGAAAGGACAAGAUUGGACCGAUGCGAUUGGAUCCGCUGGUAGAAGCUUAUGGGUAUGUUAACAAGGAUGUUGAAGUUUAUGAACAGACGGUUUCGAAGACUGUGGAUAAAAAUGUGAAUGUUGUUAUUGAAGAGAGAUUGGAAGAGAAUAUGGAAAAUACUCAAUUCGAUAAAGAGGCAUUAAUUUGUGAUCAAGAUUUUGAGACUAGCGAACAAAAAUUGCCGAUAAAUGCAGCUUUUGAUCAGACAUUAAUAACGAACGAUGAUGCAAAAGAGAAUUUAUUACCGGAUAAUUCAGAUAUCAAUGCUGUUGAGAAAGUAUCUUCGAUGGAAGAGAGAAACAACGAUGAAUUCGAGUCAAUAUCAUUCGAUUCAACCGAUAAAUCGAGUCAACAAUACAAGCGAAAGCUUUUCGUAAGUGAAUCGCUUCGGAACAUAGUUAUUCAGCGGGACUUCUCGUCGAAUGAGUCCGAAGAUCAUAACCAGUUUUCUGAAGCAAGAGAAAAUGGACUAGAAGUUCACGAUUCAUAUAUAAACAAACUUGAUAACGAUUACGAAGAAUUAAAUGCUAAGGGAAACGAGGGGAAAGUGGUGAACGCCUCGUUCCCUAAGGACGAUUGCAAAAUGAAAGAAUAUGUUCAACAAGUUGACAGUGUUAGCGUUCCAGUUAGCAUUAGACGGAACUCAUUCCUGGAAAACAUGCUUUGCGAAGACGAGACUGAGACCUGGACCGGUUCAACAAGUUGUGAGAUUGUUGCUGCCCAUCCGAAAUCGUCCUCAUGGAUGAAAAUAAAAAGUCAUAUAGGCAACAAGGAAGAAAAUAAAAUAUCACGUAGGUUAAACGAAUCGAUAAAAAUGGAUGUUGAAAUCCAGAAAGUGUUACAGGAGUCCCAAGAGAAUCUCAAGAAGAUGGAGACUCCAGUUCUAAAACCAAGGUCCUCUAGGAUCAUCCAACCUUCCAAGAAACAAGCCGGAGAAGUAAAAUGCGCCGUACUAAACGAAUUACUCUCCAAUUUCAGCAACAUUAAAUUACGACCAGUAAACAAUGAGAGACAAAAUGACAGCGAAGGUAUCUUCCAAGCAAGGAGAACCGAAAUAAAAUUGGAAAUAUCAGAAGAUAAAUCUCAUCAAGAGAAAAAUAAAAAGAACAUGAAAUCCCCAACUAUCAGCCAAACUCAAACUACUCAAGUCUCGCCAAAGUCACCAAACACUUUCAAACACUUUCAAACAUCAGAAACAAAAGAAACUUCCACAAAACCAGACAAAUUCGACUUCCCAAGAACAUCCGCAUCAGAGCCUGAGUUUCUAAGGGCCAACGCGAACAAAGAGAUAGUAAAAGUGUUGGUUCACAGAUCCGAGCAAGACGAUGAAGAAGAUGAGGCAAGAUCACCAAGAAGGUUCCACGGAGUUCGGAUCGAGCCAAGAGAAACGCGUUCGAGCAAGGACCACGUGCCCCGAAAACUGAUAAAAGACGACAUUGAAGUAGAGAGCUCCGCGGUGCCUCUGCAGUUACCGAGUUGCAGCGAAAAGACUGACGCAAGGGUUAGCAGUGAUGAGGAGUUAGGCGACGGCCACACGGUGAUGGACAGUGACCCGGCGGACUGGGCGCAGUUAGAUUUAAGCAGGAGGACGGGUAGUGGCGCCAGAAGUGCCAUAGCUAGGAGGAUUCCUCGACCCCAUUGUAAUAAUAAUGACAAUAACAGGGCCGUAACACCCGUAGCUGUAAGUGACGACCAAUCCCGCGACACUGUAACAAUAACCCCCGGUAGAGUUAGAAGCUUCGUUAAGUACUACGAGAUUCGACGGGAGGCAACGACCGACAGAGAUUCUAAAACUAACGAUAGAGAUAGAGUAGAUAGGGACAAAACGACGGGACACCGGUCGGUGGUCAGCAUACGCAGGGGCCUGGAGGCGAGGGCAAACGAGGCUAGGUCCUAUGAGCCGAAAAAGGACAACGCUCGUUCGACAACGGAGACCGGGUACAUCGAAUCGAUCAAGACGAAGUACAAGUGCGCCGCGGUCACCAGUAUGGUCAGGAUCGAUGAGGAAAAUUCGGAACAAUCGAGUGAUCUGAGGAGAAACGACGGCGAAUGUUUGCCGGUGAAGGGAAAAGAGGAUGGGAAACCUUCCGGUGACUCGAGCAAGCAACCUGGUAAAGUUAAGAGGAAGAAGUCGGUGAAGUUUCAAGGUGGACACACUGUGAUCGGUGCGAAAUGUUCUCGAGAUGAUGGCCCCGCGGGGAGCCAGGAUGCCGAGUCGCCGGCAAAGGGAACAGCUCCUGAUGGGCUCGGAGAGGUCCUGAAUGGAGCAGGGGACCGCGAAACUGCGGACCAAAAGGAAACCCCGGACGCUGACGCUUGGUCUUUCGAUAAACGAGAAAUUGCUGCACAGAUACAAGCCGCAGCAGAACGCGGGGAAUGUUCAGGUAUUAACCGCUUCGUUCCAAAUCCAGAAACCCCACGCCUCGUAUUUUAUUGUACUGUAUAGUUAAACCGUAGUUUCUACAAGCUGUUGUCGUCGUUUCCUCGAGUCUCAAAUGAAAUCUAUCCGCGAUGUUUCGUAGCGUCACAGUAUCAUUAAUUCUUCGAGCUUUCGUUCGAGUCCUUGAAGCAAGAACAGAUUUCAUAGUGUUCUGCGAGAUCAAUCUGAUAAAGUGACUAAACAAUAAUCGUAAUACCGGAAACUAUUUAUUUCUAUUUUUCAAAUGGCAACGCGAAAUGAACGAAGUACUUAAACUAAUGAUACAGACAAUAAUUUAUUAAAAGCAUCUAAGUUGAUGUAACAAUAUGAAUCUAAUCAGAAUAUAAUCUCAUGAUUUUUAAAAAUUACAUAUAAUCAUCUUUUAAAUACAAAUUGAUCGUUUUGAAAAAUAAUACAUUUUUUUAUAACAAAUCUGAUAUAAUUUUACCCAUCACUUCAUAGAUGUAAUGUUUAUGGUAGGAAUUAUAUUUUUGGGGGUAAUCGUAUGCGAACUGUAAAUACGUAAAAUCUAUAGUAUAUAAAUGUUUGAUCAGAGAAAUGUAGGUUUUUCGGAAGGAUUUAGGAUUGCUGAAGAUUUAAAGGUUGAAACAGACUUUUCGGUCAAGUGCAUUAGGAACGGCUGCUAUUUAUUCUAUUUUCCCUGCAUCGGGCGGUUCGUUUCCAUGGCGAUCCACGGAAUUUCUUGCAUCAUUUUGUCUGACUUAUUUUACGUAUUUCCGGAUAAUGGGGCUCAGCCAGAUUUAUUGGCCCCUCGACGAACGGUAGCGUAACGAAAACAAGAAACGAUGCAAUUUGUGGCCUCAUUUGAAUCAGUAUUCCUUGCGCAAUGGAGUAAUUAAUUCCACCAAAUUUCGUGUACAAUAUUGAUAGAAUAUAUACCGAAAAAUUCACGUACGAAUCAUUAGAUCAAUUCUUCAUGAAAUUAGUAAAUAUUAGUAACAAUUGAUUAAUCGUUUACGUAAUAAUUUUACAUUGAUUCUUUGUUAAUAAGAAACGGAAUAUAAAAUUUUAAUUAUAUCGUUUUCCUUUUUUUACUAAUAUUUUUAAUAAAACACUUAAUAACAAUUAAUCUGUUCUAUUUGAUUUUUUAUUAUAUAUUGUAUUUUAGUUUUAAAUGUAUUUUAUGUACAACCUCAACGUCCUGAUGUAGCAAUAUUGUUUAUAAAUUUAUUGUAUAAUAUUGUUAAUUUUUAUAUUUACCUAAUCUUCAAAAUGUGCUUAAUAGUUUUAACAUAGUUUUUUUAAUCUUAAAUGGUACACAACAGAGAUAUUAUACUAUCGUAUGGAUGUUAACAUUUUUUUUUAACGGCCAACUUAAUUAUUCUUUAAAACAAGUCAACUUCAUUUUUCUAGUUACUUAGGCAAUCAAUUCCUCGCUGUAUACGAUUUCAGCAAAGGCACGCGAUUCGUCGGCUAAAACAAAAUUUAAAACUGCCAAACUUGUAGUUACUGCACCAAAGCAAACGGUUUCAGAACAAGUUAUUAGAAUUUCAGUUUCGGUUGCACUCAACAUUCGAUACUGCCAAAUUUCUAGAAUAAUCAGAUACCAAUCCAAACGUUACAUUCCCUAAAAAAGUACGAUUUCUUUUGCCCAUACUCUUUAUUCAAACAUAAUUGAUCAAAUAUAUCCAAAGGACAAUAAUAUUUUGACACGUAGACUGCCGAUUUAAUAAUCAUAAAAAUCCCAUAAAUUUAAAACGUUAACAAUUUUGUUAACGACACAAACAGAGAAGUCAAUAUUGUUCAAUUAAAUUAGAAAUCAGGUUAUAGAUCCAAAAUAUUCGGCGCGUCCAAUAAUCCGAGAAUUAAUUCCAGAAAAUUAAUUUUAAAAUCUCAGGAAAAUCAAAUCAAUUAUUCAAACUCGAGUGACACGAUGGAGAAAAUAUGAAUAAAUUCAUGAAAAUACGAAAGAAAAUUUUAAUGACAAUUAUGAAUCUGUCUUGCGCACUAAGAAUCUGUUCUUCCGUUCGAGCUGUCCUAUUAGCACCGUCGGCUUCCGUUUCACGGCGUACGCGAAACUGAAAUGGCGAAUAGCCUUUAGCUCUGUUAUUGUCGCAACCAUCCUGGCGCGACUUCAUUCUAGGAGAACAUUGUUUUUCGGCAACACAGCGUAUCGCAAGAUAUCCGCUCGCGCGUAUCAUCCCCGUCGCCCUGCGCAUAUUCUAAUUAUUACAGGGAGUAAUUUACGUGGCUGAAUAGCGGCAAAAUAAUAUACUUGUUGCGCUGUUGCGUUAUGUAUACGUGUUCACCAGAUCAAUUUAAUGCAUAUUGAAUAGAACGUGUCGUAAAAAGUACUACCAUUUCGAUGGACGCGGCUCGCCGUUGAUUCAGACAAGUGCAAUUAAUUGUGUAAAUCCGUGUGUAAACAAACGCGCAGUAUUUACGGUGUUCGAGUCGCAUGAAUCAAUAAUUCGAUGCGCGUUUAAUAUUGUUAAUGCAUCGAUCACCAAAAACGCGAUGUUUGGAGACAAUGGUUUAUGAACAUCUGUUGAUCGUUAAACAUAAGAGAAAUACAAUAGAACUUGUGUUUUGUUCAUUAUUAAUUAAGUCGAUUACAAAUUAAGAACAGAAAUAUAAUUGAAAAAUUGCUAUUAUUAUUGUUAUAGAUAUAAUUAUUUAGCAUCUUUAUUUAAUGAUUUCUUUAAUUUCAACUAUAUACAAGCUGAAACACUUAUUUAAUUCUUUCUUAUUAACAGAAUAAAAGAUUAAAUGCUUUCGUCAUUAUCGUUAAUUCAGGAUACCAUUAACAAAAAUGAAGUGAAAAAUUUUGUGAAAUUUUCCCAGGAACACCGUUACGGAUUUCACCAGCAAUCGAGAUGAAAGUACUUUUUAAAUCAUUGACACGGUGUAGGUGAUAUAUAGCGGUUUUCCUUUUGUUCUUAAAGCGUGCAAUCCGUCAGCCAAAUGAGACUUAACGCGGUGUAAUUAUUGCAAUCGUUUUAUUAUCCUCUGUUGAUUUAUUCUAAGUACGAUGGUUUAUCAUGUGCUCGUCGAACGCAUUACUGUAUACGAUGUAGGUGGAAGUUAAUGAUAACUGUGUGAGUAACAAUGUCGUUGACACCUAGAAUACGUAACUGAAAUGCUUCUUACGAUGUAGUAUUAUCGUCAGAGGGUCGAAACCGAAAUCAAAACUAAGAUGACACCGAUAUGAUCAAAGUCUCCAACUGUAGUUUUAUGAAAGAAGAAACUAAUUGCCAAUCAGAAUGUUAACUUUCCUCUGAUUUUUCUCGGUGAUUUGCAACUAUAAUUAUGAGAAUGUCAAUAUUCCAACCAUAGCGUCGCAUAAAAGUUUCCCUUUUGAUCAUAAUUCCCAACCAUAAUUCUGCGAAAGCAGCAUUCUCCGAGAGAGAUUUUUCUCUUCGUGAUUUCUCUCUGGAGAUCACUCUGAACUAAUAAUCUGACCGUAACACACUGCCGGAUACGUCAUUUUCGAUCACAGUUUCCCGGACGUAAUCCAGAUAGUCCGAUAUGCUUUGCAAGGCAAAUCUCGUUCUUCAUUGGCCGCGUAUAAUUAUUAAAUCUAUAAUCGAAGGGAAUCGAAUUGACGGGAAUGAAGUGCGCUCGCUGUUUAUCGACCUGGCAAUCAAAAUUUAAUGAAUAGAGUAACUGUAUAAAAUUAUUGUGGGAAACCGUUCAAAUGAAAUUUCGGAAAUGUAGAUAUUUAUAUUUUCGAAAAAGAAUCCUAAAUCAAUUUACGAAAAUUACACGUGAACGUGAAUAAUGAACAUAUGUUUCAAAAUUUUAAAUGUACUGAAAUUCCUUUCGUUUCUGAGCUUUUUGUCAAUUAUUAUAUGACCAUGAUUCUUUUCAAGCCGAAAAGACUAUUUUUCUGCUUCGCAAUCUGUGUUUUUUAUGAGUUUAUAGAUGAAUGACGAAUGUUAGAAUGCGUGACAGAAUAAUAGCCCUUCUGAUAGAAUUCCGGCGGAAAUUUCUCAGUGAGCAUCGAUUUCAUUAUUGUUAACAGAAUGACGGAUGUAAUUACGAGUGAAAAAUUACUUGAGAAUCCUGAUUGAGAUGACGGCGAAUGAUAUUUCUAUCAUCGCUUUGAUCGUGAGCGUGACCGUACCAGUGGUUAUUACGGUUUCGACUCUCUGAGUAUUAUAUGCGCACAGUUACGGCCAUUCGUGUUCGCACUAUAUGCAAAUAUUGAAUAGAAGGUGAAGAGGUUCAAUUUCGGUAUAAAAAGUAUACAUGGGAUUUCCUUUCAUAACACGUUUUAAACGCUACACUUCUCAUUUUAUUAUUCAAUCCAGUCUUCAGUAUCUCAAUGUCUGAACAAAAGAAUAACUAAACUACUCUAUGCGAUAUUAAUAUUGCAGCGUGCAGAAGUUUUAAACUUCUUCAACAGACAUUGGAAAUGAAUUCGUACUAAGGCACGUAACACAUAAAUUGCAUGCACUCCAAAUCAAUUUUAUACAUAUUCUAUUUCAUCCCAACAACGCUUUUAUUUUAUAUUUUGUGUCCAGUUUCAGUUAAUUGGAAAUUUUAAUGGAUCAUCUAAAAUUGUGUAUGACGGAAAUAUUAUUUAAAUUUUUAUGUGUAUGAUAUUACAGUUUACUUCUUUUUUAAAAUUCCAUUUGAUUGAACAAAUUUCCACGAAAAAUUGAUUCAAUAAAUAUUGGAAUUCGGGAAGAGUAAUAGGGAAACGAUAAAUUCGUUGACUUUUUUCCCUUUUAUUCGACGCUUGUGUUCGGUACGAAAUAGAAUGGAUGUGACUGUGUAUAUAUGUUUAUAGAGAUACAUAUGUAUAUGUAAUAUACUUGUACAAGAUGAAUGUGAGUAUUAUUACACGAUAAUUGUUCUGUAAAACGCAAUGCGACUGAACCAGCCCCCCCUCCCCCACACACACCCUACACCCCUGUUCGUUGUACCACAUUUUAUAACGUUAAUUUACAUAGCCAGAUAGCGAGAAAGCACAGGAAGCCUAAGUUGGACGAGUUAAAUCGCAUUUAGGAAAAUAUCUCGUGUAGCAGCGCACUUUGAACCCACAUAUUGAUAAAAAGCAAUAAAAAAACAAACGGUGCAGUGGAUUCUACUCGCGGCGUUGCUUUCGGAAAACUUCUUCGCCGGAUAAAGUCUGAUUCUUGUACGAAUUGACCCGAGGAAAAUAUAUUCAUUGAAUCAAACCUGACUUUUGUACAGUUAAUAUUGUUGAUUUCUUGACUUGAAACCACCAUGAAAAUGAAAAGAGAAAGAAUAGAAGAAAGACAUGAACGUAAAGAAGUGAAACUGCUGAAAUGAAGAUAUGCAAUGAAUAAAAUUUAAAACAAUAAGCUGAUAUUAAAUGUAACCCAAAAUUGUGGUAUUGAAUUUUUUCAUUUUAUUUUUAUACCUUCCAAAUUUAUGAUUAAUUAAUUAAUUGCAAUUAAGUAUAAGAAUUUAAUUGCAUCAUUGCUUGUGUCAUUGGUCUUUUUCAGUUGCAUACGAAAACAAACGUGUGGACUCGUAUUAAUGCUUCUAACAAUGAACUAAACUUGAUUCUUAAUAUUUCGCUUAUACAAAACCAGCCGUGAACUUAAAAAUAAUUAUUUCGCGUAAUGAAAGAUUCAGGCGCUCCGUUCAUUACGCUCACAAUGUUCUAUUAUUUACGUAGUUUCAUUCAAAGCUUCUUUUAGACUUUUAGUACUAUUAUUUCAUUUCAUUCUUUUGAGUCCCUUCACUGUGUUCGUAUAUUAUUCCACGGUGUCUACGAGAAACAAUUUUCUUAAUUACAGUUGAUAUAAUUAAACUCGCAGGUAUCGAAGUACAUAUUUAUUUUCCAAAUUAAAAUUGACAUAAUUGCAAAAUAUUACAUUUAUACAAAUAUUAUAUUACCUCAUAUUUUAUCAGUUUUAAAAUAAUUUUUAAUAAUAAAAAUGUUAAAUAGGUACUUCAAAAAAAAUAUUGUAAAGAAAAAAUUAAUUUAGACACAUUUAGCAAGUAGCGUUUUUCAUUUGUCUUUCGAUAUGGACUUGAUCACUAUUUUGGAGUAUUCAUGUUCAUUUCGGAAUAAAUGUUGCCCCGCAUUGCAGUGAACGUUUAUAUAUCCGCUAAAUGCUGAAU